CAUGAAGAGAAAAAGAGAAGUAUUAUUGGAAUCACUGGAAGAAAGGCGUCAUGCAAAACGGCCAAACAAGUUUCUUUCCAGGAGCAAUUGAUGUCAUUUGUGAAAGAAGAGUCAUCAAUGAGAAAAGACGAUCUUGAGUUAAGAAAAAAAUCUCUGGAUCAGUUUGAAGCUGCGGAAAGAAAUUUUAAGGCUUCAUUGCAGCAAAUGACAGAAGAGAUUGCUGGAACCAUGAAAGAAGGUUUCAUGAUGAUAGCUUCAAUGUAUCAGCCACAGUAUCAGCAGCAGCAAGGUUUUCAAAACCAAUUUCAUAUGCCUGACAACCAAAGUGGACACCAUAAUGUGCUGCAGAAUGUACACCAAAAUUUAAACCAGAAUGUACACCAGAAUGUACAAAAUGUCCACCAGAAUGUGCACCAGAAUGUGCACCAACAUUUACAGAAUGUACAACAGAAGGGAGAUAACAGGGAUACAGACAAAACAUUCACAAAACUUCAAAACAGAGAACAGUGCUUUUGAAAAGUAAAACGAAAUACUCAACUCAACGAAAUAAAACUCGAUGGUUACAAUGCAGUACUACUUUCUUUAUAGACCCAGGGGAAACUCAAGGGGUAAAGUGAUCAUGGUGACCCUGAUCCUCUGACACUUUCGAGGUACCAUUUUCAGCCAAAAAUCUCCUGGCUCACAUUUGGGUCUAUGGUCUAUCAUCUUUAACUAAAAAAUCUCCCUCCUGGUGUAAAUUUUUGGUUCUUUAUUUGACUUACUUGGCCUCCAAUUACAGUUUGCAAAAUUAUCAAGAGAUCUGAAAAUUUUCUUAAAUACUUUUAGGGCAUCAAAAGUCUAAAAAGUUUUUACAUUUUAGGGUUUGGGGCUCAGAUGACUAACUCAUUGUGACCCUACUCCCACUACAUUCUACCUCUUGAGUCCCCCUGGUCUUAUAGACCACUUUCUUAUAAAAAUCCACAUAUGAUGGAAAAACAUUACUUAAUGGUUAUUAAAAUACAUUUUAUAUGUAUCUUUGAUUCUUUUUGCUUGAAUAUCUGCGCCACAGUUUCCAUUUCUUAACAUAUGUGGUUGACAUUCUCUAUCUGACUGAAUUGCACCUUGAACUGCCUCUUCUACCAUUGCCUCACGAUGAUCCUCACAGAAGUUGUGCAAUGUGAAGCAACUGUAAAUUACAUGAGGGAGGUCUUUCGUGCAUAUAUCCAUUUCACGUCUUAAUGCCCCAAAACGAGCUUUAAGUCGACCAAAGGCACAUUCAAUGGUUAUUCUUGCUGAUGACAACCUUUGACUGAAGAAUUUUUCUUCAAGUGAGCUGGCCCUCCAGCAUACUCUUUCAUGACAUAAGGUAAAAGUGGGUAUGCUGGAUCUCCUAGCAGACAAACAGGAACACUGUCUUGGGCUUCCACUAAAACCUUUUGGCAAGGAGGUAUAGAACCAUUUUGCAACAUUUUGUUUAUGUUUGAGUUUGAAAAAAUGCGAGCAUCAUGCACGCUACCAGGCCAUUUGAUGACCACAUCUAAAAACCUAAACCGGUAGUCACAUGUUGCUUGAACAUUAAUAGAGUAACAACAUUAGUAGAGUGCCAUCUACAGCACCUAGACAUUGAGGAAAACCAUGCUUUGUUUCAAAAUUCUUUGUGAGCUUAACAACCGACUCAGUUGUUGUAGGCAACUUGAUAUACUUCGGUCCCAUAACUUCAGCCAUGACACGAUAUACUCUUCUGAUCACUACUGACACAGUUCCCCUUGCUACUCCGAAAGCGUUAUCGACCUUACGAUAUCUACCUUCGUCCGAAAGAUAAUAUAAAGUAAUAGCCACCUGGCUCUCAACAGACAAGGGCUUUCUCAUUUGAGUUAUUUGCUUUUGUAAAAAAGGUCCUAAUUCCUCACAAAGGCCAUCAAAACUUUGCUUCAACAGCCUAAAAUUUUCGUACCACUCUUCAGGAACAAUUUUUUCAUCCAAGAAAUUUUGCCACCAAGCAUUGGUUCUUCCUGGUCGUUGCUGGAAUCUUCUUGGCUUGCGGUGUUGAAAUCAACGUUUUUGAAUAAUAAUUUGUCGCAUCGCAUGUUGUAGGCCUGGCCGUCCAAUGCUAUCCUGCCCAAAAAUUUCUGAGGCAAGUCUCCACAGGCGAAUUUUAUGUUGGGUACAUAAAAAUGUGACAUAAUGAAGCCAUGUAUUAAAACAUGAAGCUAGCAUCGUGAGCAGAAGGAGGAUUUUCUGUUGACAUUGCUCAUCCAUCUUUUUGAUUUCUGAAUUUGCUUCGAACCUUUAAACUUUUAACUUCUGGCGCCAACAAGAGCCUUUUACAGAGAAAUCUAUGCCUCGCUUUUGAGCUGUAUUCGUUUGAGAACGGUUCCAGCCGUUUACACUAACCUAAACGAGCACGGAUCAAAAUGAGUACACCUUGAAAAGCGAUCCCAAAUGGGUCCAGAUAGCAGACCCAAAUGGGUACGGAUCCACAGUUCUAGUGUAAACGGGAGGCCUAUCUGUGCUAGUUUGGGUACGGAUCAAUUUGGGCUUAUAGACCCAAAUGUUUACAGUGCUAGUGUAGUGUAGGGUCUAAAUGUAAAAAAACUGUGAAGAGGAAGAGUGGAGACGAAAGAAAGGGGAUAUCGAAGUACGAUGCACUUUUGGAAUGGCUGUCACCCUUUGUAAAGCACAGACAGUCAGACACAAACAUCACUGAGUAAGUAGCUAAAUCUCAAGCUUGAUUUUGAGCUGUUUAUUAUGAAUUUGUUUAACCAAAAGCUUUGGGAAAUCUAUUUCGCUUGUCAUUGCUAAUCAAAACUUCAUAAACUCAACAAUCUUUUGUUUUUUGACUAGACAAUCUCAGCAAAUGACAAAAUUUUUGUCCUUAGAAAAAUUUCAUAAAUGAGUUAAAAUAACAUAGAUAAUUGGAAAGAGAUGGUAGUUGGUUACUUGAACUUUUUAAUCAUUUUUGGAGCAUUAUCUUAUCAUCCUUUGUCUUUUUUACAUUCAUUUUUAUCUAGCUGCAGUUUUUAAUCCAAAAGGAUUGUAAUAAUUGUGUGAUGUUUUUUUAAUGUUAAAAUUACACGCUAAAUUAUGAAAGAGAUGGUCAAUUGCCUUUUUCAGUGACCAAGCCCAAAACCUUGAUCAAUCUGACCGCGAAGUGUCUGAAAUUGCAUCUCAUUCCUCGUGUCCUUCCCCAACUCAAUCUUUGCAAGGAUGCCAGUCCUCUUUUGUCAGUGAAUCAAAGGUAGGGCCCUUUAUGUAUAUUGUCGUCAGCUAAAAUAUAGAACUGCAAUUCUGGCCAAAAGUUAUUGGACUAGCCGGCAAAUUGUAGUAUUUUUGGAAAAAUCCCCCCUACCACUGUCAAUGUUGAUACGCUUGUUUCUUCCCUUUUUCGAUUGCUGUUACUUAGGUAUUUAAGAAAAAACCAACAUUGCUGCAGGGGUUGGGGAUUUUGAUAAUUUUUUUAGGGUCAAGUUGCAAUUUUAGUGGUUUUUCACCAGUCCACUAACCUUUUGGCCAGGAUUGUGGUUCAAGAAACGCAGAUUUGUGACAAUUAAAAGGGGUGAAAUGCUACAAAACUGUCAUAUUGGGAAAAUUCCAAUUGGAUACUAUCAAAGAUCAUUUCAGUCAUAAAUAAACAGUUUAAGAUUAUUAUUGAAUCAUCAAUCAUAAGAAUUUAAAAAUCAAGCUGCAAUUUGAUGGCACAAAAAGCAUAUAUUUUCACAGGUUCUCACAAGCAAGAAGAGAAAAGCCAUACCUUGGGGUUCAAUAGCUCUUUAAUUGACUUUAUAUCACAAUAUUCAAUGUUGUUUUGUUAGGGGGGGAAGAAAUGUAAAAAGGUUACCCCCCGUAUAGCUGUACUUAUUUUGACGCAUUGUAAUUCCAUUCAUUCGGUAUAGUUCUAAUUAGAAAACACAAACUCGAGAGUCUUUCUGAUAUUUCGUUUCUACACCUUCAUCGGUCAAGAAAAUUCUCUAUUUCUUGCAGCUUGUUUCGAUGACAUAUUUCUACCAUCUCAAUUUUUAUUGCAUGGAUUCUGUCUGCUUGUAUUUCUCUCCAUGUUCCUGGCACAACAUCACCCUGUAGUUCUUCGUCAACCAGCAUUGGAGGCAUAUAUCGGGUUUUGGCGUAUUUUGAAAAUCUGUUUUUGCUAAAUAAUUGUGUAAUGCAAUAGAUGCUUCCGGUAUUGUCACACUAUUUUCUGGUUUGGCUUCAAUUGUGCAACCAAAAACUCUCCAGCAGGCUGACAAGAUUCCAAAAGCAUUUUCAGAAAUUUGACAUGCUUGUGAAUGUCUGUAGCUGUAGACCUUCUUUUCAUAGGAUAAUUCUGAGCCUGAAAAUUAAUUUUGAAUUUUUAGGCUACUUUUAGGAUAUAAAUGUUUCUGGAAGCUUGUGUUUCUUGAUUGGGACGAUGGAAACUUAAAAGCUAAAUUAAUGAAAAUCUCAUUGCCGAGGGCACUACAUAUAAAACAAACAACUGACAAUCAUAUCAAAUGUUUUGGAUACCAUGUUUGAUAUUAUUCCCUGGAUAGGGGCGCAUCAUAUUUUUGAGUGGAAAUGCUUCAUCACCAAAAAAAACGUACAGGGAUAUCUGCUCUGAACCUGGCAGCGCACUGGGUGCUGGAAGGUCCAAUGUCCCUGCGCUCAGGCUCUUUCCAAAUACUGAAUUUGCAAGGAUGCCUCCUUUCCUCUGCCUGCUGUAAGCACCAAUAUCUACCAUCACAAAUGAGUAUGUGGCAUCAACUACAGCUAGAAGUACUAUGGAGUUGAACCCUUUGUAGUUGUAAUAGUCACUUCCUCAAUUUGCUGGUACCUUUAUUGCAAUGUGCUUUCCAUCCAUGGCUCCUAGGCAAUAUUUCCAAUAGAGGAUAAUUCCAAUAUUUCCAGAAAUCGUUUGCGCACUUUUUCCAUUUUGCUCAUCAGGAAAGCUAAGGAAUUGAGUUGAUACGGUAAAUGAUCUGAUUUACUGUCUAUUUACCGUAUCAACCUGUGAUGGCUAGGUUUUGGUGUCCAUCUCCAUGAGCGAGUUAUCAUAAAGUGAGCACCAGUCUUUCAUCUGCUGAUAUCAGAUACCUGUGAUUCUUUCGAAAUGUUUACUUUUUCUUCAAUCUUUGGAAAUGUCACUCGUAUGUUCAAGCACGGCGGAAAUUUAAGAGACAUUAUCUUCAUGGAAGGACCUCUUUGAAGCUGUGGGGACCCCAGCAAUGACAGAGGGAAUUGGGAAGGGAGGAAGAGGGGAGAAAUGUUUAGAGGAAGAGUUAAAAAGACAGGGUGUCAUACCAGUUCUUGGUUGGCUGGGCUUCUUCUUCGGUUUCGGUAAGGCUGGAUGCUUUUUUAAGGCUGAAUGGCUCUUCAAGGCUAGCUGGCUCUUCAAGGCUGGGGGUUGCUCUGAAUUUAAAUUAUCCUCCUCUCUUGAUGGGGGUUCCAGAGCACAGGCUUGAUCGGGUAUGGUCACCUCAGGAACUGGAGUUUCAGGAUCUGUGGCUGAGCUGCCAACUUCACUUCCUAAAGUGUCAAAAGCCAUUGUAGUCUCUGUUGGUGUCGUGGGAAUAGACUCGUCAGUUAUCGCACUGAACAAGAUGGUGCUCAGGCGACCCACAGUCCUGAAAGAGACUGCUUUUGGGGCAGUCUGCAUUAAUAUGGCCGACACACCCACUGUUAAAACACCUUUUAGCAGAGCAAUUGAGGGCAAGAUGGGUCCUGCUGUCGCAUUUGCUACAAGUCAUAGGUUGCCCUUUGAGUGGCACGAGCAAAGAGGCAGGGCCCAGGUGUACGUAACUAGGUAUGGGCUCCGUCAGUAUCAUUUUUAAGGUCAUGACCCCAUUCAACUUAUUUGUACCAGGGUGGUUGUUCUCCCUGGAAACAGAACCCGGCCGAACUGACUGAGCCUCCUCUACAGGAACUCCGGCACAAAUUCUGCGUGCUUGUUGAAGUCUCUCACCCAGACAGGGAGAGGGUCUCUGAGACCUGGUUGCCACGGACGCGGGGGAUGACGCACAAAGUCCAGACCAAGGAACCUGACCUUGUCUGCUAUCGUGGGGAAGGUGACAUCAAGGUCCCCAUUUGGAAGCUUCUGGACAUGCGUGGAUUCCAGCAUGUAAUUCUCCAACUUGGCAAUGAGGGCCUUGCAGUCAAUGGCCCCCUUCCCCGGGUGAUCGCAGACAGUCCUUAGCCUGGGCCUGCCAAUGAUGUUCAUGUGCAGGCCACCAGACCUGCCGACCAUAACCUUCGUCACAGGGGCUACAGCUCCUCCAACUGCUGUUGCAUAGUUCCUCUGUGGAUGGCCAGUAUCCUUUGCAAAAGAGGGAAAAGCUGGCAACGGGUGGCUCGAGGCAACAAUAUCGCUUGUGGGUCCUGUGUACAGGCAGCGAUUUCUUGACGGCAGAACUGGGAUGACAGACUUACUCAAUUGUUGCUGGUGAUGCACCAGCUUUCUCUCUCCAAUAAAAUGUCUGUCUCCUCUGAAUGACUCCCCUCUGAGCUCUCCUCCGCUACCAUGACUAGAUCUUCACUCCCGUAGGGCACAGAGCCCCCAGGAGCAAGCUUCUUGGUUAUGCUUCUGCUGCUGCGAUAUUGUUGCUUCAAGCAGAAGCACUUUCCUUGUUAGGGUACCUGCAGCAGUGGGCGUGGUUCGUUGUACCUGAAGGUCCUAACAGGGAGAUUAGAGAGUUUACAAAACACGACGCGACAGGUCGAGACGAGCUGGGGGAGUCUAGUAACUAGCGUGACCAUCUCAUCUCCUAGCGUGACCAGAUUUUCGAUUUUUACGUUGUGAGGACAACGUGGACAUUUAAAUCGUAAGUACACUAUCCAGACUUCUUGAUUUUGUUAAGAUUUGUUAAGGUCAGCGAUUUUAUUCUUUUUGCAUCUGAUAAUGUAUUUUGGUUAGAUUUUAAGUAAUAUUUCUCACUUUUGUAGGCUCAUUCACCAAGAAGCUGUGAGAUGAAUUCUCAAGGACCCCACGAGGCAAAGAACCAAAAGUUCGUGAACAUUGUAGUAUAAUUAAUCUACAGAUUUUAAAACGGUUAAAUUGAGGCAGAUAGUAAAACUAAUGUCAGGCGUUCUACUAAGCUAAUGGGCUAGCCCUAAAUGAUUUCUAUCUAAAUUUAUGCAAAGGAAGUUAUAUUGUGACAGUGCUAUUUUUUUGUUAUUCAUAUCUCAACUGAGAGUAGCUGUUCAUUUAUUUUUAGAAAUGUAUUUUACCGUUUUUCCUUAAAAUCCAACAAAAUGAAAAUUGCCAUAAAGAAAUCCAUUAUAUUCCAUGUUGCCAUUAAAUUUGAUUAUGUGUUGUUGAUUGUGGUACAAUUGUUUAUUAGUCUGAAAUUUGCGAAUAUAUAUUAAUUCAUGAUUUGGAUCAGAUAUGAGUGCUUAUUGUGUUUUUUCUAUUCUUAUGUUCUAUUAAUUAUGCCAAAAAAGACAUGGACCUUAGAGCAUGACACGCUGCUCUGUAGAUAGAUCCUUGUUGAGGAGCCCUUUCAUUUUAAAAUGGGUACUCGAGAGCGUGGUCACGUUUGGGAUAAGGUGGCUACCAAUUUAAAUAAGAUAGUUGAACCACGUUUCUCUGUUGAUCAAAGAGCAGUGAGGGACCGAGUUUUGAAGCUUGAACGAGGCUUUAAAAAAAAGAUGUCAGAAGAAGAGCGUGCCAGUGGUAUCAGCCCACCAGAGCCAACUGAAUUGGAGCAAGCGAUUCAGGAUAUUAUUGAAAGGGGGGAUGAGGCACAGAGUGAAAUGGCCAGGGCUGGUGAUAGAUUUGCAGAAAAGGAGAAAGAAACAUCUGAAUCUGUAAGCUGCUAAAACGCUCAUAUUUAAAUUAUGGAAGCUCUAAAUGAAGAUUAACGUUGUUUGGGUGACCAUGAUGUAAUAGAAGGUAGUCCUAUACAUCUUCCAUAUUUUCCUCCAGCACGAUGAAUAAAUUGUUCGCCAUUCUGCAGCUUCGAGUAAACCGAAUUUGGUGCCAACUUCUAAUGCGUUGUGACAGGCACGUUGUGAAUCGUAACAGGAAAAAGGUCAACGCAUCGGAAUGACUAGAUUCCAGAACUUUUCAGCUCGUCUCGAUCUGUCGCGUCUUGUUUUGUAAACUCUUUAUUGUCCCACAAGCAACGCCAAACAACUCACCCUUUACUUGUUGCUCCUGUCCAAUUUUCUCCAACUCCUCUUCAAAACUUCGCUGCUCCACUUGUUGGGCUAAUCUUAGCAAAAAGGGCCGAGAAGCAAUACCUGGGUAUCGCCACAGAAUAGAAAUGACCAGAAGGUCACUCGCGUUGGCAUCCUUUGUUGCAAGUUCACUCAAUUUUUUCUGGCGCUGCGCUGUCUGUACAUACAAUUCUCGUUUUCAACUGGCAGAGAAAAGAGGCCACUGGACCGAUCUGUGAUGAUACUGUAGCCACAAAAGGCCUUGAAGAUUCAAAUGUGUGGAACGAUCGAGCAUGCGACUUGCGUUGAACAAGUCGAAGAACAAAAACCUAAGAAAAAAACGAAGAACAAAAAAGGCAAUGCUCAGUCUUGUUCAGUCAACAAUGAAUCGUAAGUUUUUUGUCCAAUGGCCUAGUUGUGUAUUUGUGUCAUAUUUAAUAUGGUCCUAGUUGUGUAAUACGCGCUUUCGAUAAAACAGUGCAUCAUGGGUAAUCAGGAUCUCCGCGAGGGAUUGUUUGCGUUGCUAGUAAACAGAGCCCAGAGACUACGCUUACCAUACUUUCGCUAUUUGGAAACUUCGAAUUGAGUCCGACACGCAUCGAUUCACGAAUAAGGUAAGAAUCCUUCGUUUGGACUUUGUUUAGCUAACUUUUUUCCAACAAUCCCUUUGAACAUUGAUUGUCAUAAAACAGAGGAACUCAUGGUUAUUACGAUGUUGUUAGGCCCCUGAAGAUUUUUACCAAUUUUUGUUUUGGUUAUUUAUUUGUGUAGGUUAACCGCUUCGCUUUGCUUGUGGACAUAACACUUCUGUCAAAUUACUUAAGCUCAGCUUUUUUCUUGAUUCAAGUAAACCAGACAAUCUAAAUUGCAGAAGAUCAUAAGUCAUUCUCUACCGAUGGAAAAGAAUUCAGCCAAAUGUUUGAAUUGAUUUUUAGGGAAGAUGGCAACGGCUGAUGCUAAAAGUCGAGACUUUGGUAUGGACUUCAAUGAUUUUCUGGAGUGGAACCAAGAAAGGCUGAAAAAUUUUUUAAAAGUGCGGGGCAAGUCAACAACUGGCAAUAAAAAGGAUUUGGCUGCAAGAGCAUUAGUUGCAUUUGAAAAUGGUGAGCCUGUUACACAAAGUGCAGAAGAUAGCGCACAGAAGUUGGAAAAAGAGUACAACGAGUUACUAGAGAAGUUUACCAUACAAGACCCACUGAAAAUUCCAAACCAUUUAUGGUCCACUGAUGUUAAAAAAUGGCCUAAUCUAAAUCCUGGGCAAAUUUUUCAAUAUGUUAUUGACAAUAAAGCCUUCGAAGGCAACUAUAUUGGCCAAUACAAAGCACGAAAGGCCUAUUCAUAUUUCCAGAGUGGACACGUGCAGCAAAUAUAUCAAUAUAUGAUAAAUGAUGAACAAAUGUUCUUCAAGGCAUGUGUUGUCCCAUCAAUGAGGGUGAAUGAGAGACCAAGAGAAGGCUGGAUUCUCUUUUCAAAACACAAUGGUGUUUUAACAGCCCACUGUACGUGCAUAGCUGGUUACUCUAAAUCUUGCAACCAUAUAAUAUCCAUUCUGUAUAAGGUGAAUUUUGCAUGCGAGCAUAGCUUAAACAGUCCAUCGUGCACUGAAGUAGCAUGUAAAUUUAAUGAUAAAACGAGGUAUGAUAUUGAGCCAAAGAAGGUUGUUGAUCUACCAAUAGUCAAACAUGACAUAAUGAACAAGGAUCCAAAAUAUCAAAUAAUGAAUCAAGAGAAGUCAAAUUUUGAUCCACGUCUUCGUCAUCAAACCAUAGAAGAGUCUGACAGUGCAGUUAGAAUUCAAACAUUUUUAGAAAAAAUUCGAAAAUGUGCACCAAAUUCUGCAGUUUUGCUGAACUUUCCAGUUGAUGAAGAAAAUGACUGCCCUCCACCAAUCACUGAAAUUGCAGAGCAAGUUAAAUCAACAGCCGGUCUGUCAGAAGUUGCCAUGCUAGAAGACUUUAUGAAUAAGAUCUCAUUCAGGGAUAGUCAGUUAGGUGAACUUGAAACGCUCACAAAGGGGCAAGCAGAUAACAAAAUGUGGACAGUUCAAAGAACAGGACGAAUUACUGCUUCAAACUUUCAUGAUGUGAAGACCAAGAUGAAAGAAAUACUUGCAUCAAGAAGCUCUGUUAAGCCAGCUACAACUCCUCUUUUGGUAAAACUGACUCAAGCCACAAAAAUUGACAACAUUGUUGCGAUAAAAUGGGGGAAGCAAAAUGAGAACAAUGCCAGAGAGGCAUUUUUCCAAGCCAUUGCAGCAGAGCACAAAUCCCCAAAGUUAAGAAUGUGUGGACUCAAAGCUUUUAAGAGUGCACCUUUCCUUGCUGCCAGUGCUGACAACAUAUUUUCUUGUGCCUGUUGUGAAGUGGCAUGUGUGGAGUACAAAUGUCCAUAUUCUAUAAGAAACUACUGCGUUAGUGAUAAGUGGCAAGAUCUACCAUACUUGAAGCAAGAGGCUGGAAUUUUGCACUUAAACAAGAGUCAUAAGUACUACACUCAGGUACAAGGUCAGAUGGCUGCAAAUGAUUGCAAACAUUCAUAUUUUGUUGUAUUUACAACAGUUGGCAGACCCCUUGUACUCAAUGUGGUAUUUGAUCCUAGUUUCUGGAAUUUACUCUACCCAGACCUUGUUUUGUUUUUCAAACUUUAUGUUGCAAAGGUUUUGCUGGGGAUUAGAGAAAUUAAGUUUUGUGCUGUAUGUCAUGAACACAUUCUUGAGCAAAAUGAGAUUGCUCAAAGUGGUUGCCAGAGCAAUGAUCAGGUACACUGCAGCAAAUGUUCCUUGACAUUUCACAAAAGCUGCUGUAAAAAUUACAGUCUGAUGUCCUUUUGGGUUUGUGACGACUGUGGUGUUUAAAGAAACAGGCAAAGAGAACACUCAGUGUUAGAAGAAACAAUUAAAAAACCUAAUGACACAAAAUGAUUAUUAAUUAUUUGAUAUGAUAAUGUUAAGUGAAGCAUUAAAAAAGUCAAACAUUCUUUUGUCUUAAACCUUCACAGAAACCCUUUGACCAUGAACUGUGAUAGAAUGAUUGUAUUUAAAAAUAAUAAACUUUUCACAAAUGCAAUGAAUAACUUUUUCAAUGAAUUUCAAGUGGUCUUAAUGGCACUCAAAUGCACUUAGAAUAUCAACAAAACCAAAAACAAACAAUUAAUAUUCAUGGGCACAUUACUCCUUUAAAAAUUCAAAACUCAAAAUUAUAAUUUUGCUUUUAAAAAGGGAAGUAUGGGAAGUUAUUUGUUGGAAGGUUUUAGCAUGUGUUUGGACAAGGUUAUUUUUAAUGAAAUUGAAGGUGCAUCUUAAAAAACUACGUUUUUAUAUAGGAAUCCUUUUAAGAUGUGAAAAUAAACUUAAAAGUUUAAGAUACAAGAGGUUUUUGGAAGUUUACAAGUGCUGCACAUACUUUUACAAUAUCAUUAACAACAGGAAGUAAGGAAAUUGGCAGUUCAUUUUUUAAAAUUUGGAACUCCUUUAGUUUACGGAUAGCUUGUUCAAUAUAUAUUCUUGCAUUUGCAACCCUGGAUGUCUUAGCUACAUCUAUCUCAUUCAGUUGUAAGUUCUUCUGGGUUGAUGGUGGUCUUGCAAGGGUGCACUGGUAAAAAGCUAAUAAAUCCUCUAUUUUGAAGCCUCUGUCAGCCAUCACUGCAUCACCUGGUUGAAGUAGUUGUAAAAAGUCUGAACUUUCUACUAUGCACUUAUCACUAGCUCUGCCACCAUAUGCAUCUGAAACAUAACUGAAUGCUCCAUUGGGCGUUAUUCCCAACAACACCUUCACUGUUGAAUGGUGCUUGUAUUCACUCCAGCAAAGGGCCUGUGCUUUGAGGCUUGAAGGGGUCUCAAUAAAAAGCUCUGUGCAAUCAAUAAUUACUCUGCACUUCUUAUAAUAUCGCCGAAAUACAUCAGGCAAAUUUGGUUGAAUUUGAAAUCCGUCAGGCCAUGCUAUGAAUGGUUUCAGCUCUAAGGACAUCAGGCGAAACCAGGUAAACAGUAUAGAGCUGACUUGGCUUGUGCUAAUACUAAAUGUAUGAGCAAGGUACUCGGUCAGCAAACCAAGUCUCAGCCUUUGCAUGACCAUGAACAAUUCUUCCUCAAGGAGAAGUUUCCUAUUUCCAUGGAUACUAUGUCUUUUGAAGAGGCUGACUGAAGUAUUCUUUGGGCCUCUCCAAUAGACCAUUGUCACAGCCUGUGGCUGAAGGUACUCAAAAACAGCUUGAAAAACUUCAGCAUUCUCCAAACCUGUAAACAAUUUGACAUCACUGUCCCUUGUAAGUUUUUCAAAUUUUAUGCAUGGACUUGCAAACGGUCUCUCUGUCUGAUAAUCAUUGACCCCUGAAGUCCCUUGAGAAGAUGUCUGAUCAUCGUUGACAGAAGAAUGUUUUACAAUCUUUCUUCUUUUUCUAGGAGACUUUUUUGUACCAUCACUCACUUUAAGAUACAAUGUUGGGUUUGGAUAUGAAAAUGUUGGCUUUCCAAACUGAAAAUGAUUGGAGCAGACCACUUGAUGAUCAGUAGCCUUAAAAUCUUUUCGUCCUUUGCCAAUAUUGUUCUCCCAAAUGACACGUUUUGCAGGAUCUUUUGUCAUGUAGUGCCAUUUGAGCUCUCCCUCUACAUGACUCCUCUUGACUAUCUUAUCUGGAUAUUUGUUGUCAUUGUCGCAUCCACCAACACAGCACCUGUAGUGAGGCAUUCUGAGCUAGAAGGGGAAUAUUUACUAUCUGUGAUAACUGUUUAAUUCAACAAAUUUUUUUGAAACAACUCCGACCAAAUAAUACUAUAACUUAUAGGGAAGUUGAAAACUAUUAAAACUGAAAUAAUUUGCAACACCUCUGUAUGGAAAUUGGCUACUAGCGUUGAUAAUAUUCUUUAUGAACUUAUUUGCUUUGAAGCAGCGGAAUUAAUGAUGAGUAUUUUGCAUUAAGAAAACCUUUAGAUGUCAUGCGAUGCCGGCCAAAAUCUUCGGUGGGCCUAACAACAUCGACAUAACCACGAGUUCCUCUGUUUUACGACAAUCAAUAUUCAAAGGGAUUGUUGGAAAAAAUAGCUAAACAAAGUCUAAACGAAGAAUUCUUACCUUAUUCGUAAAUGGACGCGUGUCUGGUUCAAUUCGAAGUUUCCAAAUAGCGAAAGAAGUAUGGUAAGCGUGGUCUCUGGGCUCUGUUUACUAGCAACACAAACAAUCCCUCGCGGAGAUCCUGAUUACCCAUGAUGCACUGUUUUAUCGAAAGCGCGUAUUUGGCCUGAUUUCAAGAUUUUCAAAAAUGUUCAAGUGAACUUUGAUAUUCAUUCAAACCAAAAGCAAAGUUUAAACUUUAGCCAGAUAAGUAGUUUAGAGAACGUACCUCUUGUACCCAUCAUUGGUUCUUUUUUUUGCAAUAUGUAGCCACAGCUCUCUCCAACCUUGAUGAAAUAGUACCAACUUUCAGAAUGUAAAUUCAUCUAUUUUCUCUGUAGAAUGUUUGGACAUGCAAUGUGGGCCUUCAAACGUUUGUAAUUCUGUGUAGGCUGAGUUAGGUUGCUUCCAACACCUCCAUGAUGGUCAUUUCUAUUCUGUGGUAUCGCUUCUUAUGUCUCUCGUGUACCUGGGUAUCUCAUGUCUUCAUCAGACUCUCAACAAGUCUUCCUUGUUGUUUGCGGAGCUCUUUGUCAAUUGAUUUUACCAAGUUUGUAAUUCUUAAAUGUUAACUGACACAAAGAAGCUUAUAUCAUCAUUGCUCUUUGAUUAUUGCUAUUUAGUACUAGAAAUAGCUCUUGCUAGUACUGCCCGCAAACAAUUAGUUCCUUUAUAAUGAUUGUUUUGAAAAUGUAGGUCAGGAUAUUCGAAGAAGACACCAUCUUGGGUUUUCACAAUUCUAUAAAAACAGCUGCUCUAGUUGAUGCUAAACUAUUCUUUUUAUCAAGAAUUUUUGGUGUUCAGUUUGCCUUUGAUUUAAGUCCAACGCCCUUUUGAAAAUCAUGAAGUUUUUCGAGGGUUUGACAUUUAUUUUUCGAUAAUCACGACAAUCAUAACUUUUGCUCGUACGGUCUCGAGUUUUUGGGAGAAAAGUGUGGCAUUCGACUGGUUUUGAUUCCCAAAACUUCGAAUCAAAACUUCCAUCCAUUGCGGAGAACAGAGCUGUGAUGCAGCACCGUUUUCGUGCCAAAAAAACCGAAGGCCUUUAACAGAGUCUUGGCAGAGCAACGCUCCGAAGAUAAUUCCCUUCCGCGCAAAGAGGCGGCGGUUAACGACCUCCUCGACAAAGCCGAUUGAUUGACAAUGAAAUUGAUUGACAGUUGUCAUGGCAGCAGAAAAGUGACAAAAUCUGCUGAAAAAGUGCUGACAACAUGAACUGAAGCUUCCAUAUGCUACUUAUACGUGGGGCAGACUAUAAGCCCUUCACUCGCGCGCUAUCGCGCGCGAGUUGCGGGCAAUAAUUAUAGACAAACUUCUAUAACAUAUUUUGCUGCAUUAAAUGAAUUCGAAUUUGAAUUGAAGAUAGGUUUGCUUGAGAUUUGCAUCAACCAUUGCCAGACCAUAUUUGCAUCAACCAUCUCUGUGUAUUUUUAUUGACAGAUAGAUAUAGGUUUACUCUGGGUAAGGGUUUGAUAAGAAAGUUAGUAUAGGAAGGAAACUGCAUUAUGUAGUGCAGAGUAAAAGAUGACCACCCGAUAAAAACUAAUUCAUUGAGAUUAAUAUAGGAAGGUGGCACUCAGUUGGGAAAAUGCUGCUCUGAAAGUUGCGAAGUAUGUUUUUGGACAGGAAAAUUUUUUUCUUUGUUGAACUUGAAUUAAUUUGGCCUUUUUUAUCAAAUGCUACAAGAUAGGCAUGCUAAAGCCAUAAUAUUUCAGAAAAGAUCUCUGAAAUGUUCUGAAAGCAUCAUAUUCAAGGCAACAGAAGACGAGCCAGGUUAAGGCAGACAAAGGCAAAGCAAACAAUCACAAAUCUUUCUAUGACAAUCUAGCUCUAUUGUGAUAUUGUGAGUGAUCAAGAAGGCGCAACGGGCGGCUUUUUUUGAGGAACUGCUUGUGGGAUUCUGCUCGGGUUGGCUGGACUCUCUAGACAAUUGUGAGGGGACUAGAGCGAAAGCAGGUCCCCACUACCAGAAAUUGUGCGGCUGAGUUACCCACGUUUGGGGUAAUCACAGGGAUCAGCCCAACAAACUGCAAUGGAAGGGCCUCACCCUGGAAGAAAUGCCUUCUUGAUCACUUUUUUUCCCGUUUGAGCCUGGCACAUGCCAGCACGCCUUUGAUUGAAAAAAAAACAAGUAUUUACAAUUUAUUAUAUACAAAGUUGAUAUAAUUAAUUUCACAAUGAUAAUGUUCACAAUUGUUUGAUUUGAAAAAAAUUAAGCAGUUAAUAUGUGUGAUUGUGAUACAAUGAACAUACGCAUAGACCCCUUGCACCGUGACGUAGAACAAAGUUGUAAACAAAAUGCGCGCGCAUCCUGUGCUGCAAAAAAAUUGAAGCAUGGCGUCCGCGUUGUAUAGGACAGCUGUUUUCCCUAUCCACGCAGUGUUUGCCGGCUGUUUCCACCAGGUACCAUGCGGUUUCAAUCCUAUAAAUUGAUACAGCAUCUUUGAAGUUUAAGAAGAAAUUCGAUAUCGAAUGAAAAUGACUUCGAAUUAUUACGAAAGUUUAGAUGCAACUGAGAAGGCUAACUACAGAGCGAAACUCACUCUCAGCAGCGGCGAAGCAAUUCCUGAUCCAUACAUACUUCAAAGUGAAUGGAGCAACGAUAUCGCUAACCUACCGGAGCUCUCUUGGAGAGAUGUUACUGAGUACCUAAUUGAUUCACCCAGCAACUUCAGCAAAGAGUCCAUGAAAGCCUACAAAUCACUUGAAGCCUAUGACUACUUUGUGUGCAAACAUGUACAGGACUGUUUUUACCACAAAAUAUCAGAUGCUUCAGAGUUCUGUUUCGUUAAAUCUGAGGUAUUACCUAGCCAGAGGCAAGGCAAAAAGACAUCAAUGUACAAUGUCUGGGUUUGUCUAAACAAGUUGCAUGGCUGGAUCUUAACAGCAAAUUGCACAUGUAUGGCUGGGCUAGGAUCAGCUUGCAGUCUUAUAGCUGCUCUUUUGUUUAAACUUGAAGCUGCAGCCCAUUUCCGUUUGAACCAGCCAACAGCGUCAACAAGCCUGUUAUGUGCAUGGAAAUCUUCAAAGAAACAUGUCAUACCUGCUCCUCUCUCUUCUAUUGACUUUAGCCAACCAAGAAAGAAGACAUUGCCAAAGCCUCAGACAAAUAUUACAGAAUACAAGAACUAUAGCUGUUUGGACCCAACAGUUGGAGAAGAUGCCAUUUCUGUGCAUAUGCUAAAAAAACUUCAUAAAAUAUACCCAAAAGCAGCUGUGUUUACUAGUUUGCCAUUGUAGGACAAUGAGGCUCAGUCUUCUGAAAAAGAUGCACAAAUGAUAUCUGGUUCUGGUAGUGAGACAGACACUGAUAUAGAAAACAGCGCUUACACAUUACCGGAACCACUAACAAGUCUUUUUGACCCUACAGCUAUUAAUAUGACAGAUGAGGACCUACAAGUGCAUGGAAGAAAGUUGUAUACUGAAUAUCGUGAAAGGAACUUUCAGAAGUCCUAUGACAAUCUUUUUUGGAAAACCAAAGAUCAGAGUGCAAAAAAAGAAUGGAUGUUGCAUAGAGCUGGAAGAAUAACAGGCUCGACAGUGAAGAAUGUUGCCAGAAUGAGGGACAGUCAAUCCCUUAUUGAAACGAUUAUGCAAUACAGGCCAGGCUUUUCCUCAAAAUACACAGCCCAUGGAAAGCAGAUGGAACCUGUUGCACGAGAAAAAUUUGAAAAAGAGGAAGGUAUGAAGCAUACAAAUUUCAAAGUUGAGCAAGCUGGACUGUUGAUUAAUGCUGAAAUACCAUAUUUAGGUGCUUCUCCUGAUGGAAUUGUGAGCUGUGAUUGUCAUGGAAGGGGAGUGCUGGAAAUAAAAUGCCCUUACAAUUAUAAGGACAGCUUUGAAGGAUGGGCUGAAGAUAAUAAGUUUCCUAUUGAUCCUGAGUACAAAAUGAGGGAAAAUCAUCGCUACUACUAUCAAAUUCAAUUACAGAUGGAGCUAGCUGGUGUUGACUUUGGAUAUUUUUAUGUUUUCUCUGCAGGGGUGGAUGAGGCCAUGCUGUGUUUAACUAUAAAAAA